ACAAUCCCGUUAUUACCGAAGAUAACCAUGGGCUUCUAAAACUACGGAGGAACGGUGUCUGAAUCGCUAGAAGCUAGAGCGUGCAGGCGGGCAGGUGAUGAUUGUUUUACAUCCGAAAGCGGGCUUCUGCUCCAUAAACAAGGCUUAACAACAAAGGCAAAAGUGUCUUAGAAACUUGUCAUGGCUCCAACUGUUCGCGUAAGUAUUUUCUCUUGUUUAGGGAGAAAAAUAAUAAUACGAGUUCUUGUCAUGGCUCCAACUGUUCGCGUAAGUAUUUUCUCUUGUUUAGGGAGAAAAAUAAUAAUACGAGUUCUUGCUGUCAUUACUGCACGCCUUGCGGUUUGUGUUUAUAAAAUGGGUCAUGUAAGUACCAUUGAGAUUACAAGGGUCAGCGUGAAGCGUAAAUGACUGCUUAUGUCUGGCGUUAAAAUAAAGAAAAAGUUUGACUAAGCUUAACGUUUAACGUUAGCGUUACAUCCGAUGUUUUAACAGGGCCCCCAAAAAACUUGAUUUCCAGCUUGUCCUUUUGGCAAGCAGCUCUCAUAUUUUGCUUACCUGAGGCCACUUCUUGCUGGUCUUGAUUAAUGAUUUUGUUAGAGGUUGACUUGCCUGAACCCUUGCUCAUCGGGCAAGCAAGCUUUAAAAGUUACUUGCCCGGCAAGAAAAUCGUCUUGUACUGGACUACAGGACGGUUUUUUUUAGCUGUGCAUUUAGAUUUAUGUACUAAAUAGUCUGUGAGCAAGCUCUCGAGGGCACUGUAGCAGCAGGGCAGGAAAACGAAGGAGAGCCUGCAACUACAUCUCUGGGAUUUGAAUCCCUGCAUCCAAAAAGUUGAUGCGAAAUGCUGAUUAGCGGAGAUGACAUUGGUAAUGAUGACAUUACCCUUGGCACAUGUUUUUCAAUGUUUGUUUAAAUACAUGCUCAUUUCCACUUUACGCUGAUUGGGGGAAAUCUGACAAGUCAGUCAAUGGGGAGCCACAGGAGAAUUAGAGGUGGAAUUCAAAUUCCAGAGAUGUAGUUUGAAGCUGUCCUUCAUUUUCCCGCCCAGCCACUAGAGUGCCUCGGAGAGCUUGCUCACAGGCUAUACAUUAAACUGUACCCAGAUACACGCAGUUUCAUGUAUCUCUGACCUUUAAAGAACUAUGAAAUAUGUAAUAAGAAAUAAGACCAACAAUUACUUGACACCAUAAAGAGUUUAAACUGAUUGUUUUUCACCCUAUCCCUUCUAUCUAUCUCCUGGUUGGUAAAAGUCAAACAGUUCCCCCAGUAUGGGAGAAACAAAAUACUACACCAUCCUCCUUGAAAUAAUAGCACCCCUUGGGCUGAUGCGUCGUCGCUCAUCAGAAAGUUAGGGCGUAGAAAAGGGUGUCAUGAAUCACCAGUGGGGUGGGAGAGGGGUCUUGAAUAGGGUUAUAAAAAGGCGACUGAAUGUUGUUUAGUAUAAAGUAAUGGGUUCAAAGGACCAGCAGUACUAAGUCUUGUCCCACUACCCACAUGUUAUUUCUUGAGCAAAGAAUUCAUGAUCCUCUAGGGUUUUCAGGGCUGUCAUUAGGGACUUACUGAUACCAUCACGAUGACAAAGAGAAUGUCAAAAAAGCAGUAGGUUGAAAAGGCAAAACAACAACUUUGUACAUGUAUCACGCUUUUUUUGUACAUUUCUUUGCUGUCACUGCACAACUAUGACGGGAAAAUGCCUAAUUUCACGUUUUCUGGGCUACAUAUUAAAACAAGCGAUGGCUAAAUUUUCUUUUUCUUUCUGAUAGUGAAUAUAGUAAUUAGGCUCAAAAAGAGUUUGCAUUUGAACAUGCAUUCAACAAAGUAAGUAAGUUGAAGCAAUCAGUGUAGAGAUUGGAAGAACGCAAAUUCACUUUUUACGCGACAUUUUCAUUGCCGUGGCCGUGGCUGUUGUGGUAUCUUAAACUCCUUAUCACUGGCUGGGGCCAGUGAUUUGACCCAGCUACUAUUAAUGUGACCCCUGACUUUAGAGGGAAAAUAGAAGACAAAUAGAACCAAACAAUAUCCUUAGCUGUUUGAUUCCCCGCCUACUUGUAGCAUUUACCUGGAAACUUAAAAUUUUAAUGACAGCCCUGGGUUUUGCAAAACUUUUUCCAUUGAGUUAUUCCUAGUAAAUGCCCACCAAGAGAAGGAAACAAGGUGACAAAAGUUGAGGGAAACAUGAGAGGGAUAAAAUGGUUAAAGCUAAGAGGGGCACUGAUCAUUUUUUCCAAAGCUAUCUUGAAGUUUUUUUCUUCUGUCAUGCCUAAAGGUGUUAGUAAAAAAAUCAUGAGGAUCAAAAGCCAGCACUAUGCUUGACUUGUAAACUACAAUUUGGGUUGUUUAACGUUUUUGCCCACUUGACAGAUAGUGACCAGAAAUUCACGGGACUAGCUUCAAUUACAGCAUUUUUUGGCAAAAUGUGACACCUUGAAUGGGCUAAACUGAUUGUAUAGCUUGACAACAACCUGAUAAAAAUGAUAAUUAUCUUUCAAUCUGUACUUGCCCACAGCCUACACCUACGAACAGCACUUCUGACGAGGGCUUGCCAACAGCUGCUAUUGUGAUGAUUGGUGUUGGAGCCUACCUUGUACUUGUAAUGAUUUUCCUUGUCAUCAGACAGUGUUUAAAGGUUGGUUUUGAUGAGAUGCUGUUCCUCAUACUGUGCGUCACAGACAAAACUACACCUCCUGUUUAACCCUUUAAGCCCUAAGAGUGACCAGCAUCAAAUUCCUCCAUGUAAUAUCAAUGCUUUGUAAAUCAGAGUGGUCAUGAGAAUUAAGGACAUGAUCACACAAGAUGAAUUUACUUAAUGUUUUUGCAACUUCUCCCACUACGUCUAUAGGAAAUGAUCAUGAAUAGGGGCAACAAAUGAGAAUUUCAAUUUUGAUCCUAGGGUUUAAAGGGUUAAGUCUGUCGGCAAACCAGUACAGAAAUCCUUGUUCUGGGCCCCCAUCUGUGUACAGGGUUUGAGUGCACACCAUGAUUGGCCGGUUAAAAAAUCCAUUGUUGAUUUGCACUCAGGUUGAAGGGAAAUUAGGAACACACUUCUGGUAAUUCUCAAGUUCAUUGAGGGUCCAGAAUUGGGAUCUUAAUUGGUGCUGCCUCUCAGACAUUGCUCACUGGGGUUAGAUAACAUCUGCUACUUAGGCUAGCUCAUUAUAGUCUUGUGUGCUUUUCAAGGGAUGGUUGAACCCUCGCCCCUGCUCCACCCUAAGUUCUUAAAAUGGUGAUGAUGAUGCAGUCUCUUAAUCCCAGAUUUUUCAAAAGAACAUGCAAGGCUAGGCUCAAUUUCUACAAUUUUCUUAAGUCUCAGGUACUUCUUCUAAAGUUCUCCUAAGUUUUGUAGAGGAACCCAUCCCAAAUCCUAAUAAUGAAAUCAACAGCCCAGUGAAAUUUUUUACAAUAGUACACAAGAUAACGACCAUCAGUAGUAGGUAGCAAAGGCCUAAAUUUGUGUGGUUUUUAUUAAUAGUACACUAUACAAUCAUGUAAAAAUGUUGAAUAGAGGGCAAAUAUCCUGUUGAGAGCAGCAGAAUUGCUUGCUGGUGGGUCAUUUUGACUGUGCUGAAUCACCUUCAACCUUGCUAUGGAAUUUCCAGACUGGUGAAAACAUUCAAACCAAAAUCGGUCUGUAGGUUAGACCUGACAAAAUGAAUAAAUGUUUAAAAAAAACAGUAACUAUCAUAAAUUUUAUUUGAAAAAAAAUUAAGUAGAAUUAAUGUUUAUUGGAAAGAACAAAUUACACAAAGCAGAAGUACUACAGAAGACGUUUUAGCCCUUGAAUGGUCACACAAUAAGAUUAUUUCAUGGGCUUAACAGUAUCAGCUGAUAAAGGGUUAUGUGACUAAACCAGUAAUUAAUGUUAAAAAAAAUCAUUUGUUGAUAGUCUCAAGGAAUAAGCAUUUGUCCAGCUUGGGUGUCAGAAAUGUGUUGUGGAUCAUGUUGUGGAGGUGAAGAUGACACAGAAAGAUGUUGCGUUUGCAGUUGCUUUCUACCAGUUGCAGAAAUGUGUGAUUGUUCAACACCAAGUAAAAAGUCUUGUAUGGAUUCUGUGUGUCCCACAAAACAGGUACAGUAGAUGAACUAGUGACCAUGAUCAUACAUAUAUAAAUUAUUAUAUAUCUAGCCGAAUUUAUCAAAACUGCACCAGGUGGCAACUCUAGGCCACACAGCUUAACUUGACUUAAAUAAAGUAAAUAUUGUAACGAAACUCAGCUCUCACCCAUAAACCUUCUAAGGUGACUCUCUUCUUGGUUCAUGAUUAGCAAAGAAAAAUUUAACUGCAUCAAAAAGACACUCUCAACCUUCAAAAAUUUGGCUACAGGUAGAUAUAUAUAUAUUUUUGUAUUAAACCUCUCUUUGGGAGUUUAAUUUAUUCAGUGUUUUUGGACUCGUCCUCUGGUAGUCUCGGUAAUAACAGGCAUUCAUCUUUAUAGUUUGCGGAGAGCACUAGACUGGGUUCCGAUUAGAGGCUGCAGCUUAAUUUUUAUAUUCUUGUGAAUGGGGAAAAAUCAUUGCUGGGACAUACUGUAUUUAAGUAUGUCCCAUAUUAAACUUUAAUAAUAUUAUAUAUACUAUCAUUAUGCUGUUUGGCCUCUCAUACCAUCGUGGAAGUCCUUUCUAGACAUUUACAGAUUACUUGUCUCUGCCAACAGAAAGCUUUGCAAAGCACCUUCUCCUUUUUGUCAGUUGUCAAAGAAUAAUUGAACUCAAAAGUCCAAAUUUUACCACUCUGAGCAAGGAAUUUAGUAAAGUCUAAGGAACGUUAUUUUGUCUGUAUGGGCGAAUGUUUUUAAACUGUGGGCUAACUAAUUAAUGUAUAAUAAUAUGCUUAAGUCUUUUAGCUCAUAACUCAAGCUGACCAUAUUCCAUUUUGUGCCUUUUAAGUGGUGCGAUAAUACCUUCUGUUGUUGUAUGAAUGCGGAGCCUGGUGGAGCCAUGUGUCAGGACUGCAAUGGACCAGAGUGCGCGGUAUGUGAAAUGUACUUGUACUUUGUACAUCAUUUGAAUAUUAACCUGUACUUAAUUUUUCCACUAGCUUACAACAGACUCAAGGUGUGCUUGCCAAAAAGUCAUUGUGAAGUGAAACUGUGUAAAACUUGUUUGAUGGUUACUUAAUUAUUAUAAUGAGUGGCAUAUAUGUCAAACCAAAAAUAAGAAUGCAAUCCUUUCCCUGUAGCCACCUGUAACUGGAACUAAUGAUCAUUUUCCUCAGAUAUUCAGUCAGCAAUUAAAGUGCAAGCCAGUGCUCUAAAAAGAUUGUAGUGACCUUUCUGCUCUGAGCCUGUGAAAUCCAGGAUUUGCUGAAACUAAGGUUAAUGCGUGUACGCUAAGUCUAAGAUCCUAGUCACCCAAGAACAAAAGUAAGAUGUCAGGGUCCACUGGGCACUGUUGGAGCACGGCGCUGAAGUUCCUCUUCAGUUUCUAGCUGGUCCUGAAAUAAUAAUUGUGGUUUUACUGUAAUGAACCUUUUGUAUUAUUUGAUAACCCAAAAUGUCAAGAUGAUACAUAUAUAUGAUCACUUAGAGAGGCUACAGUAGUAGUGCUUUGAAUGGACUUAUUUCUGGUAUUUUCCAGGGUAGGUCUUUGCUUAUUAGCCUGCAUUGCAGACGUAAUCUGAUCCUGUUUAGGAUCAUGUGUGGAGCAGCCCCAAGAUCUUUGUUUUGGGGCCCCGAUGGACUCAACAAAAUACUAGAAGUGUGUUUUGAAUUUCCCUUCAACCUAACUGGCUAAUCAGCAAUGGCUUUUUUAACCCUUUAAACCCUAAGAUCAAAAUUUGAAUUCUCAUUUGUUGUCCCUAUUCACUUCCUACAGAAGUAGUGGUGAGAAGUUGAUAAAAUAUCAAGCAAAUUCAUCAUGUGUGAUCAUGUCCAUAAUUCUCAUGGCCACUCUGUUUUACAAGGAUUGAUAUUACAAGGAGAAAUUUGAUGCUUAGGGCUUAAAGGGUUAACAGACCAAAUCGGGGCCCAGAGCAAGGAUUUUAGUGCUGGCUCCCAGGCAGACUUAACAGAAGUUUAGUUUUACCUCUGGCACAGGCUAGUCUGUUAUGGAAGGUUUACAUUAUGGAGGUUGGACUGUAUUAUCAUCAUUUACCUGUAAACUUAUUUAUUUCAUUGGUAUUUUUUAGUUGGGUGACUGCAACUGCGCAUGCAACUGUGCUGUUCCCGAGUGUGAUUCAAUCAACUGUAUUUGCUUCAAAAUUGACCUGUCAGGAGGUCAGGCUGGAACGCGACAGCAACAAGAAUCGAUACGACUUCAGCAGCAGAUACAGCAACUGCAACAGCUGCAAAUGCAACAGCAACAAUUUCAACUACAGCAACAGCAAAUGAGUUACCCAUCGGGUUACCCUAGAUAACAACAAAAGAUAAAAGGCUGAUUUGUAGCAUUCUAUUGUAUGAACAGAAGCUAUCCAUCUGGCCCUGGUUGUUGAAAGGUCGGCUAGAGCUAUCCAUCGGAGAAAUUACUAUGCAGCAGGCCCCAGCCAGUUGUUCAAAGGGUAGAUAAUGCUAUCCAUUGGAUAAAUUUUUAUCCCGCAGAUGAUGCAAUUUUUCCUUUAAUACUUAUCUCCUGGAUAGCGCUAUUCAACAUUCGAACUACUGGGGCCAGAUAAGUAUUAGGGAAACCUAUUGCAUUAUCAACUGGAUGUAGAUUUCUAUGUGAAUAGUGUUAUCCACUUUUUGGACAACUGGGCCCUGGCCCUAGGUGAACUUUGCCAAUCUCUAUUCUCUAUCCAGUGGAUAAUGCAAUGGUUAAUUUCCCUUUACACUUAUACACUGGUAGGAUAGUGAUUUAUGCAGUGGAUAGGGCUUUCCACAGUUUGAACAGCUGAGGCCAGCUGUUUAUUGCUAAUUAGCUAUUAUGUUACUCUUCGGGGGGAGGCACUUCCUUAAAAGGCACCAGAGUCGUGUUUUGUUGGUGUGGCCAAAAUUCAUCCCCCCCUCCCCCCACAAGACAUUUCAAUCCUAAAGUGUUAUUACCGGUACGUCUAAGGUGAUAACAGUAUUACAUAGUUCUCAUCAGUAUUCCUUAGAACUAAAACAGCUCGCGUACCUCUCACUAUUUUGCCUCCCUCCCCUGACCCUAAUCAGUGAUACCAUUCUACGAUAAUUGCCCACAUCAGUACAUUAUAUUACGACAGAGCUAUAACGUUUUAGUUGCCUUGGUUAAGUGACUGCAACUGCAGUUGUGUGAUUGAACAUUUUGUAGCCAGUGUGAGAAAGAGCAUGUUAGUUGGUUUUGUGUAAUGCCUUUAUGGAAGGAUAAUAAUUAUCCUUCCAUAAAGGCAAAUUUAUUUAUUAAAAUUAUUAUUAAAACUGUUUCCCUACCUACCACUGGUGGGUUUGUCCAACACCAUAAAAAAGAAAAGAAAAAUUAAUGAUGUUGUUUUCAUAGCUUUAUUCAUUUCAUUCCAGGUCAUGUAGCAGCUCUCCCAACCCUAAAAGCCAAUUGGUUCGAUACCCCUACUGUGAAACAAUGGGAAAUAAUGUUAAACAAUGAUGAGUUAUUGUUUUCUGCGACCGUUACGAGAAAACACCUUACUUCAAAACUUGUCCUUACAGCAAAUAAGAUGGCAAGUCUAUCAUGAUUCUAUAACUAUGUGACCUUACAACUUGUGAUCUUGCUCUCUUAUUAUGGGGGUCUUGAGAAUGAGGGGAAGGAGCUGCUAGCAUAGCAAUAUUAGUGAUGAGGGCAAUGGUAUAGAAGGAAGGAGAGCUGCCCCCCUUCUGGAGGGGGGGUGCCCUAUGAUGGCCUGUACAGGGACGCUCUGCCCAAAAGGCUAUGUUUUUCAUGCUUCAGAUAUAUCGAAGGGUAGGGAAUUCUAUCAUUUAAGUCUUUAAGUAACGUGCAUGGCAGACAGUCUAAAUUCCCGAUCCGAGUUCUCUAUGUAGGUCUCGAAUGACAAGCCUUUAAUUAAAUUUUUUCACAAAGAAGCACCUCGCCUUAUGGCUAGAUAAGUUUGCUUUAGCAACUGUUAGAUGAAAAUGAUUUAUUCUUAUUAGAGGUAUCUUAUUGGAAGGGCCAGGUACCAUUUGUCAAUUAGAAGGUAUAUGAAAGGGGUACCUGUUCUGAAAAAAUUGAUAUAAAAAGAUGAGGGAUUGGACCUUGGGGCGGAGCUUCCACGUAUAAAUGGACUACGUGUAUCUAGGAGAACAAAACAAUCUGCACCCCUCUCCAUUCAAAGUUGGGAUGUUUAUUGUUUGUUACAGGAAGCUUAAAAAACACCCAGCAGCACAACAUUGCUUGGAAGGGGUGGAGUAGGGAAAAACUGCAUUUUUCCCUUUUGAAGUCAGAAAGGCCUUUUAGGGCAAAAUGUCACUCAU